UACUAUCAUAUAUGCAGCCUCAAGCUUUCUUAUUUCUUUCUUAAUACAUUGGAGAGAGAGAGAGAGAUCAUCGGAGAGAGAGAGAGAGAGAGCAUGGAGGCCGAGGAAGGAAAGGGAUCAGUACUGAUGAAGCACGUAGUUAUAGCGAAGUUCAAAGAUGGAACUUCAGCUGCACAGAUUGAGCAACUCAUCAAAGAUAUGGCCAACCAAGUCAACCUCAUCGACCCACUGAAGUCUUUACACUGGGGCAAGGAUGUGAGCCCUUGGAACAAGAAUGAAGGUUACACUCAUGUGUUUGAAUGCAACUUUGAGAGUAUGGAGGGAAUCGCAGAGUAUGCUGCUCAUCCUGCCCAUCUGGAAUACGCAAAGAGCCUCCUUCCGUACGUGGAGAAGUACAUUUUGUUUGACUACAAACUCAAUACUCAGGCGGCGGCCAUCAUCUAGAUCUCGAUCAUCAUCAUCUGCUUGCUUGCUAGCUUCAAUAUAUAUAUCAUGUAAUCUCUAGCUAAGGAAUAUAAGCUGUGGACACGUCCAAGUCUUUUUCUAAAUAAGAUCAUCAGAUCGAUCAAGUACGUACUGUGUCCAAAUUAAAGCUACGUACCUGAUAAUUAUAUUAUUAUUAAUGCAUGCAUGCUAGCAAGCUUAAUUAUAAUGAACCUAUUUGAAUUUAUGUAGCUAGCUAGGUACGUGAUCAAGAUCUGUAACUCAUGAUCUCAAUAAAUCAUCUUGUACUCAAAUCUAUAUUAUAUAUGAUAUUGAUAUAUAUUCAAAUAAAUGUGUUUGUUUAUAUA